AAUUCUCGCGCAUGCGCAAUAUGUUGAGAUGCUUUCGCCUUAGCUUUUUUGCUCGCAUCUCAGCAUAUUAAUGACGGAAAGCAUUAGAAACUUCAAUAAUAUCAAUAAUAUAACAUUAUUAUUAUUAUUAUCAUCAUCAUCAUAUGAUUGUUUGCACUAGGUGUAAAUACCUGUCACAUAGUACGGCUCUGAAAUAGUCUGGUGUAUACAAAGAAAUGAAAAACAAACUAUUGUUUCUACAAUGGCUUAGUGUGUUAAGACGAUUUGAAUAUGACUCGCCUUUACAGAUGACCUGGAUUCUAAUCCUCCUUUAGACCCAGUUUUCCCUGUCCAUGUUUCUUGUAUACAGUAAUAUUUGACAUAAGUUCAUGUUAAGGCACAUUUUACAUAAAAUCUUAGGUUCUGUAAUUGUGACUUAAUCGACAUUAAUAGUAAUUCAUGAAUUAAAAAGUGCUUGUGUUGAAAGCAACUAUAUACAAAUAGCUGCUGUUUAAAGAUGCCUAUCUCUUUUAGAAGAGGAAAAUGUAAUAUUGCAAAUAAAAAUGCAAACAACUGUGUCCCCACUCACGAUACGUCCUCUGAAGAGCUGAUGCAAUUUUUGUUUAAUAAAAUAUCAAGUUGCAUUUGAGUGGAUUAGAACCCAGCACUUCUUAUACAAGUGGCGAAAAGGUUACAACUUGACUACCCUAUCAGACUCGUCACUGACUAUCUAAGCAGAUUUAUUUACUUCUCAGUGACCAAUAAUAUCUCAUGACCGAAAGCCGCAGACUUAAAACUAAAAUUAUCAAAUAUAUUAUGUGAAAUAUUUAUUUCAGAACUUGAAAUGUUAAUUAAAACGGACAGUUCAAUCAAUACACACAAUUUAAAAUUAUAUUUAACAAGCGAUCCUCGUUGCUAUGCGACUACAAAUUAACGCCGUGUAAGAAUCUCGCAAGAUUUACGAGAGAGAUAUUCAUAUUGGUUUUUAUAAUGGGUUCUUUAAAUGUAUGAGUAAAAUAAGGUUUGUGGUAAACAUUACUUGACGAAACGUGGACGAAAAUUCACGUUUGAUGUAUGACCAUUUUUUAUUUGUAUUUAUUAUUGCAAUUUAUUUUGUAGAACAAAACUUCAACGUUUCGUCAAAUAAUGUUUACCACAGACCUUAUUUUAUAAAUUAAAAAACCUACAUUAUAAAAAACCAUAGGAAAAUCCAGAGGGAACCCAUGGCGAAUUUUCUUCCGGGUAUUGGACUACAACAGAUAUGUCACUACAGUGAAAAAUCGAUCAAAUCGACUCACCAGCCAAUUACUUUUGCUCAAUCUUCGAUCAGACCAUAUUGUCGAUCGCAGAGUGCAAAUCGGGAGGUUUGUUGUCAUUACGGUUUACAUCCACGUUAAGAUGAAGCUUUCAAAAUACAACUAAACAGCGGCUGGUUUAAAUAUCAUACUGCAAUUUUCCGCUUUAUUCUCGUUGAAAGUCAGUUCUGAUCAUAUUAGCAGACCCAUGGUGACCCAUAUGGACCCCACGUCUAAGUCUGGGUUGAAUCAGGUAUCGGAUGUGGUGUUUGUCAUAGAAGGAACUGCAAACCUUGGUCCAUAUUUUGAAUCACUUAGGAAGAAUUACAUACUACCAACUAUAGAGUAUUUUAAUGGAGGACCACCUGCUGAAACAGAUUUUGGAGGAGAUUAUGGUGGUACACAAUAUGGACUGGUGGUCUUCAACACAGUGGAUUGUGCUCCAGAAUCUUAUGUCCAGUGCCAUGCUCCAACCAGCUCGGCUUUUGAGUUCGUCUCCUGGAUAGACAGCAUUCAAUUCAUGGGAGGUGGAGCAGAGAGUUGCAGUCUCAUAGCUGAGGGUCUUUCUGUGGCCCUGCAGCUCUUUGAUGACUUCAAAAAGAUGAGGGAGCAAAUCGGCCAGACUCACAAGGUUUGUGUAUUGCUGUGUAAUUCUCCGCCAUACUUACUGCCAGCUGUGGAGAGCGUCAGCUACACAGGCUGCACUGCAGACAGCCUGGUCCAGAUCAUACGUGAUCGGGGGAUCCACUUUUCUGUAAUUGCCCCACGGAAACUUCCAGCGCUUCGAUCUCUUUUUGAAAGAGCAUCCUCAGUUGCUGGGACACCAGAAUCUGCACACCCAGACUACUGCCAAGACCCUUUUCACAUGGUGUUGGUCAGGGGCAUUGCACUUCCUGUGGCUCCUGGAGGAGGUUCUGCCGCAGUCUCCCUUGCACCUGUUGUGCCACCUCAGUCUCUGCCUGUGGCUCAGCCUCCACUCUGCACUGCAGCCCAAACUACUCCUCCAAUGAGCACAUCUCUUCAAUACCCGAAUAACCCCUCUCUAAAUGCAGCCCAUAGUGCAGCAAUGAAGGUACUAGAUGCUGCAAAUCAGCAGAAGAGAUUCCCACAAAUGCCAACACCCCCUUUCAGCCAAGCGCCAGUUCAUCCAUCAGGAGGUAAACCCAGCCUGUCUACUGUUACCACAGUAUCACCACCAGUCUUAUCGCAGCAACAAGUUCCACCCCAGCAGCCACAGCAGCCCCCACAAGUCCAGCCACCUGUUCCACCCGCACCCAAUCAGCAACCGCCUCAAGCCCCUCAACAGCAGCCCACAGCCAAUCAGCAGACGCCACCACCAUCUCAGCCUGGCAUGCCUGCUGUUUCUACACCUCAGGCUGGAUCACCGCAAGGUGUUGCCAACAAGAUUGUGGCUUGGAGCGGAGUUCUAGAAUGGCAGGAGAAGCCCAAGGCUUCCUCCAUGGAUUCCAACACCAAACUGACACGCUCCCUGCCCUGCCAGGUCCAAGUCAGCCAAGGGGAGAAUCUAAAUACAGACCAAUGGCCACAGAAACUAAUCAUGCAGCUCAUCCCGCAGCAGCUCCUGACUACUCUGGGUCCUCUGUUCAGGAACUCACGUAUGGUGCAAUUUCUCUUCACUAAUAAAGAUGUGGAGUCUUUGAAGGGACUGUAUCGCAUUAUGGCCAAUGGAUUUGCUGGCUGUGUACACUUCCCCCACAGUGCUCCAUGUGAGGUGCGUGUGCUGAUGCUGCUGUACUCGUCCCGGAAGAGGAUCUUCAUGGGACUCAUCCCUAACGACCAGAGCGGAUUCGUCAAUGGCAUUCGGCAGGUCAUCACCAACCACAAACAAGUGCAGCAACACCGCUCUAUGAGCAAUGCAGCACAGAUGCAACCUGGGCAGGUCCCAAACAAUCAGAACUUCCUCAACAGACCGCCGGGUCCAAUCCCUGUUACGCAUGGCAGCGUGCAACAGCAGUCUGUGGUGGUGGGCUUGCCCUCCGUCAGUCAGGUCACACUGAUGGAGGACCAGCAGAGACAAAACAACAUGAUGAGAGCUGCUGCAACUGGCAAUCAGCAGCCACCGGUCACUGGUGCCCCACCCAAUCAGGUGGCACAAGGUCAAUCCCAGCCUCCUGGUGGCAUGCUCCGCCUCCCAAACCCAGGAGCAAAUCCCCAACUACGCAGCCUCCUCCUCAGCCAGCAACAGCCUCAAGCUGGGAUGCAGGGCAUGCAGGGAAUGCACCCCAUCCAACAGAUGGUUCAUCCAGCACCAGGAGGGGGCACUCAGAUGCAGCCUCAGUGGAGGCAACCUCACCAAGGUCCGCUGAUGAUCCCUACCGGUCCACGGGGUCCAGUCUCACAGAAUCCUGGGAUGCCAUCGGUUUCCAAUGUGAUGGAGGAUGAAAUUCUUAUGGAUCUUAUUUAAGGACUGCUUUACCCAUCACUGAUUCCUCAAGGUUUCAUUACAAAACACAGGGAGUCAUCUAAGCUCUGUUUCUUUUACUUUUUGUUAGAAGCAACUGCAUAGGGGAAGAAUAGAGGUAGUUAGGUAUGGAGUGAGAUGAGAGCUCUAUUUUCAUACUCAAGUAUUCAAACGCACCUUGAAUGAAUCUUGUGAGUGGUAACGUGAUUAAACUCACUCAGUCUGUGGGAAUACAGGACUGAAGAGCUAGAAGUUUAUAAAUCAGGCUCUGUUUCAUCACUCUCUAAUGAUAUGCUGCCUCCUCACACCCGAUCAGGUUAUCGUAUUUUUAUGACAGUUUUACUUUCUGUAGGUUUUACUUUUCUUAAUUUGUCUCUGGAUGUCUAGAAUAUGUUGUUUUAUGAAACUGAAAUAAAGUUAAUUUUGUC